AUGUCAUUCGUAGAAGAGUUUGAAAGUCCUAAUAAAGAUAAACCACGACUGAAAAAGUCUCUGAUUAGUAGUUCAUCAUCUAUCAGUUCAACUGAUAGUAGAAGAAAGUCAAAUGAAUUUCCUAAUCAGAGACUUAAAAUUGGAAAUUUAGAAAUUAGUAUUGAAAAAAUCGGUUUAAAAGAUUAUAAAAGAGUUGCUAAAACUUUAACUUUAUCUUUCAAUAAAGAUCCUUUUGUUAAUUAUAUUUUAAAUACAAAAAUUAAUUAUACUGAAGAAGAUGGUGAUGAAGAUGAAAUUAAAAGAUUAUCGAUCAAGAAGAAUGAAUUAUUCCAAGCUUUUUUUGAAAGUUCGGUAGUUGAAUAUAUUGCUUAUGGUGGUAUUGUUAUUGUUAUUAAAGAUGUUAAUUUUGAAAUGUCUGGAGGUAAUUUAUCAAGUUAUCCAUUUUUAGCUGCUGCUUGUUGGAAUAAUAUGAAAUUUGAUAAUUCUUUAACUUUAGAUUAUGAUGAUAUUGAAGUUGUUGAAUCUCCAACAGCUAAAUUUUUAGUAAUGAAAACAAAUUUAAAAUUUAAUUAUCUUGCUUAUUUGAAUAAGUGUAGACAAAAAUCAUUAAAAGAAAAAUUACCAUUUAUUGAAAAUAUUAGAAAUUCUAUUUUAAUUAAUUUGAAUUUAAAU